AGUCACGGCGCCAUGGCGGCGGAGCAGCAGCGAGAAUGCUUCGUGGCAUCUCCAUUGAUUUGUGAGUAAUCAGAAAUGCAAAUAGCUCCUCAGGAAUCAAGCUACGCUCAAAGAAACCUUACUUACCAAUUUCAAGGAGUAUACCAUGGAGUGCAAGACUAAGGGGAAACACCAGCAUAGCUUGAACUUACUAGAUAAAAUUAAGAAUAUGAAAGAGUUAGAAGAAAUGAUUGAUGUAGUGCUCAUAGCAGAAGAGGAGAAAUUCCCUUGCCACAGACUGGUGCUCGCUGCCUUUAGUCCUUAUUUCAAGGCUAUGUUCACCUGUGGACUACUCGAGUGCACUCAGAGAGAGGUCAUACUCUAUGACAUCACAGCAGAAAGUGUGUCAGUGAUAUUAAACUACAUGUACAGUGCUGUCCUGGAGAUCAAUAACGCCAACGUUCAGACCGUAGCCAUGGCUGCCUAUUUUAUGCAGAUGGAAGAAGUCUUUAGUGUGUGCCAAAACUAUAUGAUGGACCACAUGGAUGCCUCCAACUGCAUAGGAAUUUAUUACUUUGCAAAACAAAUCGGAGCAGAAGAUUUAUCGGAUCAGUCGAAGAAGUAUUUAUACCAGCACUUCGCCGAGGUAAGCCUUCAUGGAGAAAUACUUGACAUCGAAGCUCACCAGCUUCUGGCACUUAUUAAGUCUGAUGAUCUGAAUAUAUCCAGAGAAGAGAGCAUUCUGGAUUUGGUUCUGAGAUGGGUAAACCAUAACCAAGCUUUGCGCACAGAGCAUCUCGUUGAGCUUUUGAAGCAAGUCAGACUGGAACUUAUAAACGCUUCCUUUCUAAGACAGGCCCUCAGAAGGAACACGAUGCUCCUUUGUGAUGGCAGUUGCAUUGAUAUAAUCCAGAAUGCGUUCAAAGCCAUCAAGACACCCCAGCAGCACCCCUCCAACCUUCGCUAUGGCAUGGAGACCACCAGCCUUCUGCUUUGCAUUGGGAACAAUUCUUCUGGAAUCAGAUCAAGGCACAGGAGCUAUGGGGAUGCCAGUUUUUGUUAUGACCCUGUGUCACACAAGACCUAUUUUAUCUCAUCACCCAAGUAUGGGGAGGGUUUGGGAACUGUGUGCACUGGGGUAGUCAUGGAAAACAAUACUGUAAUUGUGGCUGGAGAAGCAACUGCCACUAGGCUCUCUAGGCAAAAGAGCAAGAAUAUUGAAAUCUAUAGGUAUCAUGAUAGAGGAAACCAGUUUUGGGAAAAGUUAUGCACAGCUGAAUUUCGAGAGCUCUAUGCUCUGGGCAGCAUCCAUAAUGACCUCUAUGUCAUAGGAGGACAGAUGAAAAUUAAAAACCAGUACCUCAUAACAAACUGUGUUGAUAAGUACUCAGUAGAUCAAGACAACUGGAAACGAGUAUCUCCCCUUCCACUGCAGCUGGCUUGUCAUGCUGUGGUAACAGUGAACAAUAAACUGUAUGUCAUCGGAGGCUGGACCCCUCAGAUGGAUCUUCCUGACGAAGAGCCUGAUCGAUUAAGCAACAAACUGUUGCAGUAUGACCCCAGCCAAGAUCAAUGGAGAGAGCGGGCACCCAUGCGGUACUCUAAGUACCGAUUCAGUGCAGCCGUCGUCAACAGUGAGAUCUAUGUUCUGGGUGGAAUUGGCUGUGUGGGCCGAGACAAGGGACAAGUUCGGAAAUGCCUUGAUGUGGUGGAGAUCUACAACCCCGAUGGGGACUUCUGGAGGGAAGGCCCGCCUAUGCCGAGUCCCCUCCUCUCACUGCGAACCAAUUCCACCAGUGCUGGCGCCGUGGACGGGAAGCUCUAUGUCUGCGGUGGAUUUCAUGGAGCAGAUCGACAUGAGGUUAUCUCCAAAGAGAUUCUGGAGCUGGACCCUUGGGAGAACCAGUGGAACGUUGUGGCCAUCAAUGUCCUCAUGCACGACAGCUAUGACGUCUGUCUGGUAGCUAGGAUGAACCCCCGAGACCUCAUCCCACCACCCUCUGAUCUGAUCGAGGAAGAUGGUGACCACAGAGGGCAAAGAUGAGGAACUCGAAGCUGGAGGAGCUACAGCUAAAGGAGCCAUGGCCUGGCAGCGAUGCUUGGGCUGCUCAGAAUGCAAAGCAGGGCAUAGGCAUAGUGUGUGGUGCUGACAUUCUUAUCGCAUGCAUAGCAGACCCUGUGCAAAGUGGCACUGAGCGGUGGUGGGGCGGGGUCGGGGGGAGGGGUGGUUCAGGGUCUUCCCUCAGGGGCAUCCCAGCAUGGUAAAAUAGAUGUGGCAGAGCAGGGCAGACAGUGAGGAUUCAUGGGGGUAGGACAGAGUGCAGAGGAGGGCAGCACCCUGCUCUGCUGGGACUCAAGAGUACUGCCAAGCAGGCCCAUGGGUGCUUUUUUUGAUGAUGAGGUUGGGAGAAAGGACAGUCAAAGGUUGUAAAGUAGGAAAGCUGGUGUGUGUCUGUGUGUGUGUCUAGUCCAGCCUGCCACAGAGCUUACACACAGGAUUUGCUGCUGAGAGAAAGGUAACAACUAGGUGUCCAAUGCCUGAAAGAGGAAGGAGCAUAGGCCUGGGCCUGGGUAGAGGAGCCAUCGCUCUCAGAGCUUUGCCCCAGCUCAGUCUGUCUGUUAGAAUAGCCUGAAGGGCAUACAUAUAGCAGCAGAGCUCACUGCGGCCCUGCUUGUGACCAAACGCUCACGCCUAGAACCCUAUUGCCAUGGGCCACAGUGAGCAGAGUAUUCCUGGACACAGAGGGGCCCCCUUGGGCUUAAUACUGAGUGCGUAGACUGAGCUUGCUCUCAGCUGUACAGACCUUCCUUGGAUGGAGCUGAAUGCAGCAUGUCUAAACACGGGAACCCACAGUAGGCUGUGAAUGAGGAGGGAAGAGGCAUAUUGGCUACCUGAUGCCUCCUUCAGACCCCUGCCCUGGCUGGGAAAGGGAGGGGGAGCUUCUCCCAGCCCAGGCAUGGUACAGUGAGCUCUCCCCAGAGAGCUCUGCAAUUAGGGGUAUCUGCAAUUUUGUGUGGAAAUCUAUCCAUUUUGCUUCCACUCAUAUUUCUGGAUGCACAGCUGAUCCAUUACGUGACUGUUCUCUAACAUCACAAAAGCUUCCAUGUAAGCAGUGUGGACACUCUGGGAUCUUCCCAGAGGCCAGCAGACCCUGCACAGACACAGCUCUUUAUCAAUGUGCACUCUCCAAGUUCCAACCUCUCCUUCACAGGAGAGGAGGACUCGAUCAAACCAGAGCCACUGACACCAAGGUGUUCUGCCCCCUGUCCCUGCACAGAUGUACCCCCAGAAUGCUACACUCUUAGAGGCACGGGCCACGUCUGUCUCUCUAAGGUUACCCCCUGAGUCCUAUCAUAGUAGCUGACACAUGGAUGGAGUUUCGGGUGACCAGAAUAAGUAACAUUUCUAAGCCAGGAUCUUGUCUGGGACUUUGAGUUUCAAGUAUCCUCCUUGUGCCCACCAGCGCAGAGUGGUUAUCUGAGGGUUUCUUUUCUCAGAGCAAAUCAGAGCUGCUCCAGACAGGUUAGGCAGAAGCUCUAUAGGGAGGGUCGCUGCUCCCCUGAGUCCCCACCAGAAUCUCUUCCUGUUCACCCACCUGGGCAUCUUAGAAGCUACUUGUCACCUGGUUCACGGGCUGCAGUGUAUCUUCUGUACCUUCCUCAUAUGCAGAAUGGGAAGGGAAACCCCACACUCUUUACAGAGUUGGUGUGUGGAUUGAGUGUGAAAACACUGGAUGGAAUACGGUGUUAAACACAAAUUCCAUGAAGAGGUCUUAACUGCCGGCUGGGUUACUGUCACCAUGAUCAGCCUUUCCUGGGACAAAGUGCAGAACAGAACCCUGGACCUUAGGGAAUCUCAAAUCUCAGGGAGAGAUGUGGUUUAAGGUGGUUCUAAUUUCCCCUGUGCUUGGCUCCUUCGGGGGUGAAUCUCUUGGGUCUGUAGGCCCUUGAGACCGUAAGCAGAUGCUUCGGCGGCAUCACCAGGUAACGAGAGCCUUCCUGGGCUAGGACACCAUUGCUGCCUGUGCUAAGGAGUAUCAGAAGGGAACUUUCCAGGGAAUGCUGAGGGAGGGAGGACAAAGGAGAGCGACUGGUCUCCCUGGAGCGGACACAGAACUGCCUCAGCACCAGAGGGGAGGCAGGAACUGGGAGUAGUCCCAGGCUUAUUCCCGACAGGUACAUCCAAGGUCUCAGACGCCUGCCGUGAAGUCCCUUCUGCAUCCAGAACCCAGAGUCCAGGCUCACUGGCUCUGGGGCUCACUUUCAGUGCUGGGGCUUCUCGGCUGCCUUUUCCUAUUUGUGAUUCAAACCGACCUACGCUGCCCUCCCGGAGAACCAUUGUUAGAGAUUCCAUUUGGACAGACCUUCCUGCCACCCGUCACUGGCAUUGAAGGUGUUCUGACACUCGGGAAGGCCUCUUAGAAAUGUCUACUAUUGGGGCUUCUUAUCUUUGUGACUCAGGGUUGCUGGACGCCUAGCGAAAAAACACAAUGGGGAAGUAAUUUGGAUGCUGGGCUGAUAAAGGACUGCAGCUGUCAGCCAUCCUGACUCAGUUUGUGCUCAGCAAGAGGCGGCAUUGUUCUCAGGCUGACUUUAUAAUGAGGAGAUGCUCUGAGUGCAGACUUAUAAAAUACAUUUUUGCUAAUGAA